UCCUGUUCGCACAUUAUUAAUCAGAGGUGCAUCAGACACAUUUCCCUGAUGUGACGUUCUCCCCAUAUGGCAAUGAACACUGGUUGCGCCAUGUUUUGUUGGUAGUUAUUACCAUUACAGUCAUAUUCCUUAUGAACCGUGGUGUUAAUAUGUGAUUAAGCUAAGUGGGCGGGUGUCCUCCUUUUGACCCUGGAACCCUGCUCGGCGUUUGGCAAGAAGCGGGAUAUCAGUUCAGUACGCCUAUGAUGGACAACUACGACCCAGUUACACAUCCUGGUGUGUGGAUAUUUGGGAUUUCUGCUGUUAUCCUUCUCCCCAUCGUCGUCUUCAUCUGUAUACGAAGAAAGAAGAGAAGGUAUACGUUUCUUGGAAGCAUGGACAUUGCCACAGUCUUUGGACAGAUCACAGCAGAUGCCGAAGACAACCCUGAAAUACGAUCCAACGAGCCAGACCCUUCGUUAUGCGCAUCUGGCGCAUCUGCGAAACCUGCUCCAUGCGCAAACAAACGCGAAUCAGCAGCAUCGGGCAACUCUAUGAGGAGCGGGAGUAAAUCGUGUUUUGUAAAUCAGCAACCGGCGGUGAACAUGGGUGGUUGUCGUCAGAAAAGUAAGUCAACAUUCCAUGCUACAUUACGAGACUUUAACCCCGAAACUGGCACAGAUGAUGACAUUGCCAACUAUUCCAAGCCUAACAGAGGUCGCAGAAGCGACUACGAAGCAAUAUAUCUGAAGAAUCCUAAACGUGAUCCCAAUAAAUCAAGGCCUCUUCCACCAAUUCAUCCUUCACAAUUGAAAUUAACAGAAGCAGAAAGGGCAUCUCUUCCUGAAAACGCGCUGAGAAGAAUGCAAACACAGUCACUAACACACUGUCCCGUAUCGAACUUAGCAAUAAGUGCAGCAAAUCAUCAUCAAUCAAACUCCGCUGAGCGUGUACCAAAGAAUCUAUCUAAAACGAAGGAAACCUAUAACCCCGGUAAAGAUUACAAGAAAAAUACUCUUCCAAUGGCGAAGUUAUCUCAGAUGGCAGGGCGUCCACUACCACCAAUCCAAAUGGCUGGAAUGAAACCAGCUGUCAAAUCAGAUAAUAACAGUCAACAUCAGGAGAUAGGUGAAAAGAGGUUGAAAUGCGCGAUACCUGAUCGUCCAGAAGAGUUAGUGGCCAGCGCUAAUGAAUCUCUUGGCAAUCCUGCACGGCCUAAAGGAUCACCAUCUGCAAAGAAGAAAAAACAUCACAAGAAACAAAAAGCGAAGAAGCCAGUCACCAGCGGAAAUAAAAUGGAUGGUAACAUAAACAAACCACACGUGGCAAAGGAGGAUUCACCAAAGAUUCUCAAACUCGGUCAAGAUUGUAGCAGCAGUGGUAUCGAAUCCCCACAACAGGCAUAUGCAUUAAAAUAUAUUACAGACAAGCAUACUGAUGCACCUAAAAAUCAACAAGUAGGUUACCAGAGAAGCAAUAUUCUUAAAGCCUCUUCUGCCUUUGCACCCUGCUCGUCAAAUUUGUCAACGACCAACAACACUGAAAAAAACAUCACGCAGCCAACACCGUCAGGUUCUAAUCAGUCUUCUUUGAAACGACUGAGUCCACGUUCUUUGACGGUUGAAGGAAGGUCUCAUCAGAAUGCAAACUUGUUUGCGUAUUUCUCUGAAGACAUAACGCUACCCUCAAAUGAACUGGCAGCAGAUCUGUCACGGUCUGCAUUAACUGAAGAACAGCCUAAAGCAAUCAAUCUGAUGAAACCAAAUGACAAAAUAGGAGAAGAUGCGACCGUAGAGCUCUUAACCCAAGAUGUACUCCAAAUAGGACCACCUAUUGCUAAAGUCCCAUCUAUGGAACAACCUGAAGUGGAUGUUGCUAAACUUGUUCUCAAUAUUCAAAACUCAGAUAAAGAAAUGUCAAAGAAAAGUGAUAUGUUGCAAGGCAUAGCCAGUGAUACACCUAGCCUUGGUGUUCCAAGCAAAGCCACACCCAAAGAUAGUUUGUCUGCUGUUGCACUUGAAAAGGAACCCGAAUUAAAAGUCGUGUCCAAGGACAUCCUAGAAACAAAAAUACCAGUGCCCGAGGUACUAAAAUCAACAGCUGGGGACACAGUUUCAGUGAAAUCGUCCGAUAUCAAAGCACCAUUGGCAAGAGAAGAGAUAAACGCGACAGAAUCAGACACGAUUAAGAAACAGAUGCAACCAAAUCUGAGACGUGCGAACUGCGAAGGAAAAAAUGAUAAGUCAAAGGAUGUGAAGCCCAAGGCGAAGCUUUUGUCCGUUAGUAGGGGAGGCAGUUACAAGUUAGGUGAUCUUUGUCAAUUGUAGCUGCAACUAAAGGGCAACGUAGACAUGUACCGGAUAAUGACUGAAUCGAUGGAUACACAUGAUAUGCACUAGUGCAAUAUAUGCCGGAUAAUGACUGAAUCGAUGGAUACACAUGAUAUGCACUAGUGCAAUAUAUGCCCGGAUGAUGACAGAAUCGAUGGAUACACAUGAUAUGCACUAGUGCAAUAUAUGCCCGGAUAAUGACUGGAUCGAUGGAUACACAUGAUAUGCACUAGUGCAAUAUAUGCCCGGAUAAUGACUUGAUCGAUGGAUACACAUGAUAUGCACUAGUGCAAUAUAUGCCCGGAUAAUGACUUGGUCGAUGGAUACACAUGACAUGCACUAGUGCAAUAUAUGCCCGGAUAAUGAAUGGAUCGAUGGAUACACAUGAUAUGCACUAGUGCAAUAUAUGCCCGGAUAAUGACUGAAUCGAUGGGUAUACAUGAUAUGCACUCGUGCAAUAUAUGUCCAUGCAAUGACUGGAAAGGUGGAUAUUUAUUAUAUGCACUAGUGCAAAAUAUGCCCUCAGAAUGACUUGAUCGGUCUAUACUGAUUGUAUAUGCAAUAUCUGUCCAUGUAAUGACUGCAUCGCUAUACAUGUAUAUCCGUGAUAUGCACUAUUUGUACGUGUAAUGGCCAGGUCGGUGUAUAUUCAGUAUAUGCACUAGUGCUGCAUAUGUCAGCGUAGUGUCUGGACAGAUGGAUGCAUCAUAUAAUGAAAAAUAUACCCGUGGAAAGGCUGCAUUCGGGUAUAGUUAUAACAUGUGUUUGGGCAGUUUAUUGCCCGGGAAACGACUUAGAUUGGGACAUUAUAUCCGUGGGGACAAUAUGUCUUCAUGUAAUGCAGUAUUGAUGUUUUGGUCAUGUACAUUUGUAACGUUAACGUUAGUCAAAUGUCUUGAAAUUCUAUUGUUUCUAAGAUUUUAAUAAAAUAUAUUUACUUCA